GACUUCUUGAGCCUUAGCAUUUUAGGAAGCAGGGAGAAAGAACCUAAGCUUUCCUUUUCUUUUCUUGUUUUUCUCCUCAAGAAAACUGCUGCUAAGGUUCCAUCUUUCAUGUAGUAUCUUUGUCUUUUCUUUUAUAUUCGGUGAUUUCUGUACAUGGGUUUGUGUCUGUUCUGUGUUUUGGUUUCUGGGUUAGUGUAAUUUGUCGACAAGAAAGAAUUUGUUCUGUGGGUUUUGGUUUAUUGUUGAGAGGAAGAAUGGCAAAUGGAGAAGAUAAAAGCAAACGCAAAGACUUCUAUCAAGUUUUGGGGUUGAAUAAGGAAUGCACUGCAACAGAGCUCAGGAAUGCUUAUAAGAAACUUGCACUGAGAUGGCACCCAGAUCGCUGUUCAGCUUCGGGGAAUUCAAAGUUUGUUGAAGAAGCGAAACAGAAUUUUCAGGCAAUACAAGAAGCCUACUCUGUUCUCUCUGACACCAGCCAGAGGUUUCUGUACGAUGUAGGUGCAUAUGACAAUGAUGAUGAAGAAAAUAAAAAUGGGGAGGAGAGCUUUGAGGAUUUACAGGAAUUAUUUGAACAAAUGUUCCAAGAGGACAUCGAGUCAUUUGGAGGAAGCUGUCAAGCUGCCACUGCCGCUACCGCUAGUGCUACAACCACCGCUACUGCUACAGCCACCGCUACUAUGUAUUCUUCUACUUCUUCUUCCUAUGCAUCUUACAGUGAAAGUUCCAGCUGCAACGACAAGCGUUAUUUCUCUGAGAUGAACUUUGGGGAGUUUAAGGUGGAGGAUUCUCUUGGACUUGGCUCUCACUUUCAGAAAUUUUGUUUAGGGGUGGAACACCAACAAGAUUUCAAGAAGGGGAAGGGGGCAAGAGGAGGAAUUCAAGGAGGAGUCGGCGGUAGUAGUAGACGGAGAAACGCAAGGAAGCAAAAGGUUUCUUCUGGCCUGGAUAUGUCCUCCCAAGAUCACGGUAUUUCUGCUUCAUGAAUCCAUUAAAGAAUUGCACCAAUUCACUCCUCGCCUGAUGCUGAUACAAAUCGGUCGCCAAGGAAAUUCAAGUUUAGAAGGCGUUUCUUGGCCGAUACAAGUGAUUAAUUGGGAAAAUUUUUCAUCAUCUUGGAGGUUGUAGAAGCAAAGCGAAACAAGUUUCCAACCAGCUGAAAAUUGUCAUUGUAGGUUUAUUUGUUGGCUGUGUUUGCCUCUCUGUAGCUCUUUGAUGGUUCUUUAACCUUUGAUUCCAAAGUAAUAAAAUUUUCUUUAAUCCUUCCUCU